UAAGCUUUCUAUAAUUUUACUGAGAAAUUGUGUGAUUUUGUUUUUUGAAUAUAAUUUUAGAUGUGUUUUUUUUUUUAAGAUUGAAAAUUAUAUGAUUAUAAAUUCUAGAAAAAGUAAAAUUUUGAUUCAUAAAGAUUUAGCUAUUUUCACUUUCAUCCGUCAUUAUUAUUUUUAUAUUAUUCGUGUUUUAUACUGUGUGUUUAGAAAUUAACAACUCUUAAGUUCAAUCUUUUAUUGUCAAAUUAUUCGCAAGAAAUUAUUGAUCCGGUAAUGAUGUAUAUAUAGGUAUAACUAUAUGCAUUAUAAAUUUAAAACUGUGUGCUAAAUUAUAAACUAUGGAACAAUAUAAAGACAAGCAUACAGUUCUAUAUUAUAACAACAUAAAAACAAAAGAUGUAAAGGAAGAAAAGAAAAGAAAAAUGAAGGAAAGCAGCCCUACCAUAUGCAAUAAAGAUCCUGAAGAGAAGGAGACCUCUUCAGCAAAUUUGGCCUUAAAUAUGGCUCGCAAACAAUUUGGAACAAAUAUAAAAGUUCUCUCUCUUCAAUCCUCUUUUUUCCUUUUGCUUUCUUUCUUGCUCUCUUUUGUUAGAUAAGGACUAUCAAGAAAAGGAAAACGUAAAAUACAAUGCUUUAAAGAUGCCUUUUAGAGGCUUAUUUAUAAGGGCAAAGUUGCAUCAAUUAAUGGACAACCAAAUCCUAGGAUUUGCCCAUUAAAGCCCUUCACUCUUCAUCAACCUUAGAGCUUGUGUUUAUUAAGGAAACCUAAGUUGGAGACGUGUGAUCAUGAGACAUACUGUUUAUAUUUUCUCUCUUCCAUUGAAAAGUGAUUGACAGCUAUUCAUAUAUAUCUCAAUUGUAGCUAGUCUUAUCAUCAAUCUUUGCUCUUCUUCUUCUUCUUCUUCUUCUUCUUCUUCUUAUUAUUAUUAUUAUUAUUAUUAUUAUUAUUAUUUAAGAAGUUAUUAAGAUCGAAUCCAUGUGGACCAAAUUUAGAUCUUCAAGUAUCAGAAAAGAUGGGAAGGAACUGAUCAGAGAUGGUCGUGAAAGCUUGAAUGUAAAUGAGGAAUAUGUUAGUGCAUUAAGAACACAAUCUUAUGUUGAUUUCUUCACCAAAGCUCAAACCCUAGUAAACGAAUCACCAUUUCCAUCUCUCUGCCAUCACAAAUUCUCUGAAGUUCUCCUUGAACCAGGUCAAGAAGCUAUACCUGCAAUUCUUGAAUCAGCUACUUUCUCAAAAAUACCUGAGCUCAAAGCCCUAAUGCUUAAGUACUUUGAGUUAAGCGCUGAGGCUUCAAAAAUUUGCAGUCACCUCCUCAAAAACAUAAACCAAAUCCAAUCAAACUACGAAUUUAUUCGAGGAGCAAUCGACAGUACUAUCGAUGAUUACUCCCCGGAGAAAGUGAAGUUGAUUGUCUCGAAGCUGAACUCAUUCAUCAUCCAAAGGAAUCCAUUUUCUACUCCUGACAAGAAUGACUUCAAGCUGAUUAAUGACAAGUAUUCAUCCGUACUGCACCACCUAAAAUCGAAAAGGAAAAAGGUGGGAAGAAAGAUAAGGUUGAUAACAUGUAUCAACAAGGCAAGUGGAGUAUGCAUAACAGCAGCCUGCGGACUGAUUGCAAUAUCAGCAAUUGUUAUAGCAGCACAUACUCUUACUGCUCUAGUAAUGGGGCCAGCAAUUUUCAGCUUUCCUGUUAAAGGGUUCAAGAAAAAGCUGAUGAGUUUGAGGUUUAUGAGAAGUGGGAUUCUCAGGCAAAUUGGGCAGCAACUUGAUGUGGCAGCAAAAGGAACUUACAUAUUGAAUAGGGAUUUUGAUACAAUGAGUAGACUUGUUGCGAGGCUUCAUGAUGAGGUUGAACACAACAAGGCAAUGAUUCAGUUCUGUUUAGAAAGGAGAGAAGAUGAUAAGUUCUCUCUGCAAGUAAUGAAGGAACUAAAGAAAAGUGAUACUGGGUUUAGGAAACAAGUAGAAGAGCUUGAAGAACAUGUUUAUCUUUGCCUUUUAACUAUCAACAGAGCAAGAGCUUUAGUUGUUAAGGAAAUGACAGAUUCAAAAAGUGUUAGUUAGUUAGAGAUAGCAGUUACAUAUUAUAAAACUGCAUCCAACUAAGCUUUCUGUACAGCACUUUAUUAUAUAUUUUCAUUAAUAUAUUCUUUUUGUACAUUAAUAUAUAUACAAGUAACAUUCUUUAAUUUCUCUUCUAAUAGAGAUUGAUAUUUUAUAAAAAUCUUAAAUUUAAAUUUAGAAAGUUAGAUCAUUACUCAUAUGAUACUUAAAGAGAUUUAUGUAUUGAUGAUGGUGCUUACCGUCGGUGACAGAGAAUGCAACAUGGAAGGUGGAGCAAAGUAGCGCUAAUAGCACGGUAGCUCUGUACAUUGUGGCUGUAUCCAUGGAGAGACAGAGAGAGAAGAAGAAGAAGAAGAAGA